ACGGCCGAGCGGGGGGCGGGGCCGCGACGCCUGCAGAACCUUGGACAGAAGCUCCCGACGCCGCCGCCGCGCACGAGCCCCACCGAGCGCGGCUGAGCGCGGGGACCGCGGCGCGCAUUGCAGAGGGCGCGGAGCGCAGGAGCCGCCGUCGCCAGAUCCAAAGGGGCGGCACGCGCCCCCAGGAGCGCCCUGUCUCCUCUCCUGGGCCACCGCGGGCUUGGUGAGCUGUUUUUUCCCUCCGGCCGGCAGGCUGGGCGCGCAGGGGCGCGGGCCCCCGCCCGGCGCGCAGCGGCACCAUGGGCACGGUGCUGUCCCUGUCCCCCAGCUACCGCAAGGCCACGCUGUUUGAGGAUGGCGCGGCCACGGUGGGCCACUACACGGCCGUACAGAACAGCAAGAAUGCCAAGGACAAGAACCUGAAGCGGCACUCCAUUAUCUCCGUGCUGCCGUGGAAGAGGAUCGUGGCCGUGUCGGCCAAGAAGAAGAACUCCAAGAAGGUGCAGCCCAACAGCAGCUACCAGAACAAUGUCACCCAUCUCAACAAUGAGAACCUGAAGAAGUCGCUGUCGUGCGCCAACCUGUCCACAUUCGCCCAGCCCCCACCGGCCCAGCCGCCCGCCCCCGCUGCCAGCCAGCUCUCCGGUUCCCAAACCGGGGUCUCUUCCUCCGUCAAGAAGGCCCCGCACCCUGCCGUCACCUCCGCGGGGACGCCCAAGCGGGUCAUCGUCCAGGCGUCCACCAGCGAGCUGCUACGCUGCCUGGGCGAGUUUCUCUGCCGUCGGUGCUACCGCCUGAAGCACCUGUCCCCUACGGACCCUGUGCUCUGGCUGCGCAGCGUGGACCGCUCGCUGCUUCUGCAGGGCUGGCAGGACCAGGGCUUCAUCACGCCCGCCAAUGUGGUCUUCCUCUACAUGCUCUGCAGGGACGUGAUCUCCUCCGAGGUAGGCUCCGACCACGAGCUCCAGGCUGUGCUGCUGACCUGCCUGUACCUGUCUUAUUCCUACAUGGGCAACGAGAUCUCCUACCCGCUCAAGCCUUUCCUAGUGGAGAGCUGCAAGGAGGCCUUUUGGGACCGCUGCCUCUCUGUCAUCAACCUCAUGAGCUCCAAGAUGCUGCAGAUCAAUGCCGACCCACACUACUUCACACAGGUGUUCUCGGACCUGAAGAACGAGAGUGGCCAGGAGGACAAGAAGCGGCUCCUCCUAGGGCUGGAUCGGUGAGCCCUGUAGCCUGCAUAAUGGCUCAAGGAUUCAAUUCAUUUUUAAAAAUUUAUUAAACAAAUCAGAUUUUAUGUACAGUAUGUCUAUCAAAGCCACCAAGGGCCUCUCCUGGCCCACCUUCUCUCCUUGGGGUUUUCUUCAGCCCUGCCAAGAAUUCUGGGCGUUUUUGAACUCCAGAACCUUGUGCAAAACCCAGAAGAUGUAUUCAGAGCCACCCAGGCCCCUGACCUCCUACUUUGGGGAAUUCAAAGGACUGACCUGCUUCUGCCACCUGCGCCCUUGCUGGACCAGGGCAGGUGAGGCUGUCUGCUGCUCCUUGCCUGGGAGCUGGAGAGGGGCCUCUGGCCAGGUGGCCCAAGGAAGAGUGAGCGCUUCUGGUUGGAGGCCCUGUUCUGGCUCCUGUUUUGGGUUGUCCGUUCUCCCAGAGGCUCCUGGAGCAGCCGCCUUGACUGAGCUCUGCCGUGGGUUGUGAGGCAAGAUGCUGCUUCAGUUGAAGAGAAGCCGGCCUGAUGCCCAGAUUGCGUCCUGUUGUUUGGCCGUACACAACCCUGGUUUGCUCUCUUUUCUUUUUUAGGGAGAAGGGCUUUCCUGUAGUGGAGACACGGAACUUGUCCCCCAGCCCCCUUGUCCCCUGCUCCCAGCUGUGUUGGUAGUAUUGGUUAAUGAGCUGGUUUGACUCAUGAAGUUCUUUUAUUUUGAGUCCCAGCUAAAGAGGUUGGGGUGAAGCUGGGGACAGCUCCUUUACUGGGUGAAUUUUUCCUUUGGAUAAUGCAGCUCAGUCACCCUGUGGGGAAGGCCAGGACAGCUGCAGUUGCCCAUUAUCAACCACCUGCCUGCUGGGCAGGUCGGGGUGCCAUGCCUGAGACUAAGCCAGUGCCCACCGAAGGGCUAAGGCCUCUUGCUGGUGCACAUGACAUUUGUUCUGCAGAGCUGGAGGGUGGGGGGUGGUCAUGAUGUACCCUCACCCCUACCCCUGUUAAUUUAAAACUGUUCCCAAACAGUUCAGUGUCUUCUGAAGAUGAAGCCUUGCCCAGCGAGGCCUAGUGAGACAGCUGGAUCUUGGGGACAAUUACAAGACAGGAGUAGAACUCCUGAUUGCUUUGGAAGCCUGCUGGUUCUACAACUGAUCGUUUGCAGCUGCUGGUUUGGGUUUCGAAUUUAGUGGCUGUAAAAACACAUGAUGUGUACUUAAUCAAUUUUCUUCCUACGUCUCCCAGAUUGGUGGCUUGGGACUUGGGAAAGGACCAGGAGAAGGGAGCAGUCUUCCUCCAUGGCCCAUCACUCCGGCUUUGGGGAACAAAGACCAGUGUGAAUGCUAUAGAGAAUUCUCUCUGCCCAAUCCCCCAGGGAGUGUUGGAAUGGGUGGCUGGGAGGGGGGAGGGAAGCCAGAGGGUCGUUUUACAUAGGAUUAGGUCCCUGGUGGCUGCCAAUUUCAGCACAAGCACUACUGAAAUUCACAUGAAAAGAAAGCUGUGAAAUUGAGGUCCCAGUUUAAGAGCCCUGGAGCAGAGCUUGCUGGGCCCGAGGUAUGCCCGGAUGUGAGGAAGAGGGCCUGGCUGGGCCGGAGCAUUUGCCCCAGCUGUGCCUCAAGGCCCACGUGCCGAGCCAUUCCUGGGAUGGCCAGAUGAUCUGAUGCAGAGCUGGAAGGAACCUGCGGCUGCUGGCACAGACUUCACGAAUGCAGCGCCUCUUCUCUGCUGGAGUUGUCACACAGCCUGUCUGUUCAGAUCCUGCUGCCACAGGCGACCUGAGGUAGGAGGCCCUCAGGGGCAGCGGCACCGGAGGCAUGGAAGAGGCUGGUUCAGGUGCCGAGUUUCAAGAGGGGUGUAUGUUUGCAGUCACUCGGUUGGCUGGCUGAACUUGGCCUAAAACUGUGCAGUUACGUUGCAUCCACAGGAUUCCAGUUUUGUGUGUUUCCUUCUCUUGCUCUAUAUUUAUUUUUUUAGUUUUUGGAGGAGGUGCAAAUUUCAGGAGUGGUUGGGGACUAAGGAAGUAACUGGUUCUAUCAAUGUGAAUGAAGCCUGUCCUGCUGUCCUCCCUCUUGUACUGGCCUUCAGUAUUGUGUAAAGGAACUGAGACACUUAAGUGUGAAAGCAAUGAACCCAUUUGACAUGCUGCUAUGAAGACUACUUUUAGGACAACAACAACAAAAAACAAAAAAAAAGGAAAAAGGAAAAAAACUAACCAACAACAAAAAAACCCCCUUAUUCUUUAAUUGUUGCUUUUACAGUGAUAUUGUGCAUGCAGACCAGGAACAUUUUGUGUCGUAAGAAAAAUAAUCUUAGAACAGAUGGCUGUGAAAAUUAUACCCGUGCACAGAACAAGUCACAGGAAUAAUAGUUCAGGAUUUGGUUUUACUCUUUCUUGUAAAGCUGAAGGGUUGAUAUAUUCUUUCCAUGCAGUUAUUAGAAUUUAGUUUUGUUCCAACA